UUUUUCCCCCUUCUCCCCUUGCUGGUGUCACACCGGACUUUUUCGGGUGUUCUUGAGUUCUCUGGUACCCUCUCCCAAUCCCCAAUUUCCUUCCCUCCUUCUCGGAAGAGAGGCCUGCUUUCCCUAUUCCCACCAUGGGCAGAACACGUGUAGUCUCCUUCCUAGAGGCUCUGAAUGCUUGGAGGCAGGGAUGAAACCCCAAAGCGAAACGUCGGCACGCUCACACAACCAGUAAACUCUCCCAGGGUCAAAACACCGGAAGCGUUUCCAAUCUCGGCCGCGGCCCCUUCUGCAGCCAAGGCGGGAUGAGCAGGUCCCCUAUCUACUCGGGAGUCAGGAUCUCUGGCUGCUGGGCCCUUGGAGCGGAAGGCAGCAACAGCAGUGCUGAAUCCUUAGACAGGCUGCUGCCUCCGGUGGGCACCACGAGGUCGCCGCGGAAACGGACCACCAGCCAGUGCAAAUCUGAGCCUCCCCUGCUGCGGACGAGUAAAAGGACGAUCUACACCGCCGGCCGGCCGCCCUGGUACAACGAGCAUGGCGCUCAGUCCAAAGAGGCGUUUGCCAUUGGGCUUGGAGGAGGCAGUGCCUCUGGAAAGACCACCGUGGCCAGGAUGAUCAUUGAGGCCUUGGACGUGCCGUGGGUGGUUCUCCUUUCCAUGGACUCCUUCUACAAGGUGCUGACGAAGGAGCAGCAGCAGCAGGCAGCCAGCAAUGAUUACAACUUCGACCACCCCGACGCUUUCGAUUUUGACCUGAUCAUCUCCACGCUGAAGAAACUCAAGCAAGGCAAAAGCGUCAAGAUCCCCAUUUACGACUUCACCACCCACAGUCGCAAGAAAGAAUGGAAAACCCUUUAUGGUGCCAAUGUGAUUAUAUUCGAAGGCAUCAUGGCGUUUGCCGAUAAGGAGCUGUUGAAGCUUCUAGACAUGAAGAUAUUUGUCGACACAGACUCAGACAUCCGUCUGGUUCGGCGGCUUCGGCGGGACAUCAGCGAGCGCGGCAGGGACAUCGAUGGAGUCAUCAAGCAAUACAACAAGUUUGUCAAGCCGGCCUUCGACCAGUACAUACAGCCCACCAUGCGUGUGGCUGACAUUGUCGUCCCCCGAGGCAGCGGGAACACCGUAGCCAUCGACUUGAUCGUCCAGCACGUCCACAGCCAGCUGGAAGAGAGGAAACUGCGCUGGGAUAUGGCAGCGCUGGCCUCUGCUCACCAAUGCCACCCCCUCCCCAAGACCCUCAGUGUGCUGAAGAACACCCCACAAGUCAGGGGCAUGCACACAAUCAUCCGGGACAAAGAGACAAGCCGGGACGAGUUUAUCUUCUACUCGAAGCGGCUGAUGCGUCUACUGAUUGAGCACGCCCUGUCUUUUCUGCCUUUCCAGAGCUGCACAGUUCAGACCCCCCAAGGCCAAGAUUAUGAAGGUCAAGCAUACAGCGGGAAGCAAAUCACUGGCGUGUCCAUUUUGAGGGCUGGGGAGACCAUGGAGCCUGCGCUGCGGGCCGUCUGCAAGGACGUCCGAAUCGGCACCAUCCUCAUCCAGACCAACCGCUAUACGGGCGAGCCAGAGCUGCACUACCUGAGGCUUCCGAAGGACAUCAGCGAAGAUCACGUGAUCCUGAUGGACUGUACCGUCUCUACAGGAGCGGCAGCCAUGAUGGCUGUGAGGGUGUUGCUGGACCACGAUGUCCCUGAGGAUAAAAUCUUCCUUCUGUCCCUCUUGAUGGCUGAAAUGGGCGUCCACUCUGUGGCUUAUGCCUUCCCUCAGGUAAAGAUCAUUACGACCGCCGUGGACAAGAAAGUGAACGACCUCUUCCGCAUCAUCCCGGGCAUUGGAAAUUUUGGAGACCGCUACUUUGGCACAGACGCGCCUCCCGACUGGAGUGACGAGGAAGACAUUCUGGACUCUUAGAAGCUCCUCUUUCUAAAGGAACAACUGAGAAGGGCAAGUGGGCUUCCGCACCCACACCUUAACCCGUUCCUCAAGAAAUCCCCAGACGUUUGCUAACGGUGAAGCACUCUGCAGCGUUGCUGUUUUUUUCCUUCCACGUUUUGCAUCGGAGGCUGAAGGCGUAUUUUUUAGGGAAAGGGGAGGGGGAGAGAGAAUGUAUCCUUGCUGUCUUUUUAUGUGUUCACGAGUGUUUCUGAGCCUAGAGGCAGUUUAUUUUAAUUUAAAAGAUUUAAUAUAACUUAUUUUAUUAAAAAAAUGCGUUUCGGCUAA